AUGAGUUGUAACGACGCGCCAGCAGGUCGUGACGCUCCGGCGGGUCCCGUGGCCGGCCAUGGACUCGAUCACCCGUCGGCGCAGGACAAUGAAAACGCCAGGGCCCUAAUUGGCCGGCUAAACAAUGAUAUCCAAACACUUACCGCAGAGAAUGAGAGGCUUGCGACCGAUAAGCGGAGACUGGUCCUUGAAAACACCAGACUUCACGCCGACAACGAUAGGCUCCGGAGGAGGCUCCAAGGAGGCGCGAAAAACACACAACGUACAUGGCCUGAUGUUCUCCGAGACCAUCUCUUGGGCAAUGGCGGGAAGACUUAUGAAGAAGUCUACAAGCUCUCUGCUAAGGAAGAGAAUAUGAGUGCCAGAAUCCAGUGGUCUCAUCCAGCUACCAAAUUUGUGCCGCCUCAAAAUGAUGGCUUGGCUCAAGGGGAUGGCUCGGAUAUUGGCCCUGCAGUUCCUGCGAUGCUUGGGCUAGACCACGGCGACCAGGGAGCAAAAUUCUUCCCCUUUGAGAAGCUGCCGUGGCAGAUUCAGGGUAGGAUCCUCAAACUUAUCCUCUACAAAAAGGGCCAGCUUAUCCACUGCAUUUCGAGACUCGACCCCUUUAUCAAGCCCAGGUCCUUUCCUAGCAUUGAGGAGUCAGGCGAUCGUCGCAGCGGUCUCAAGGGCCGCUUCUUUUGGCGCAAACGAGACUGCAACAUUACCCACGAUGGGGUCGACCCCGGCCAGGUGCUCAGCAUACUUGCCGUAAACAAACGUCUUUGCUUUUUGGGAACGCAUAUCUUCUACGGUUUGAAUACGUUUGCAUUUAGCAGCCUGGGAGAACUUGGCCGCUUCUUACAGGGGUCUGGGCCGGCAAGGGUUGCCCGUAUCCAGCACAUCGAGUUGUUUUGGACAGGCAACCAGUACUUGACCGCCCCGCCGGCCGAAGAUACCGGGCGUCGUCGGAACGGGAAGAAUGAAAUACCCGAACAAAACCAGCGCGCCGGCGUCCCAUUCUCCCGUCGGACACACCCCCUGACGUGGUUCACUGAGGUAGCUAAUCUCAGGACAUUAGUCGUGCAUAUCAACGAGACGGGCCGCGACUAUGUACGCCGAGGAUAUGAGAAUUCCAAAAUGAAAGUUUUCAUGACCAACGCGACUGCAGGCCAGCCCAACCAGCGUAUGACGUGGUCCCUUCGCUGUGUCCAGGGAAUGGAUUACAUCUACGAGCUGCGGGGCAUGGAUUGGGUCCGAUUCUACGAUUUUAACGAGGCCCUCCAGGCCGGUGAAGAUGGCCGCAAGCCAAUUCGCGACUGGUCAUUUGCCGAGGAUAUCACGAACGCUACUACACUGGCCAAAGUUCCAAAGCUGAAGGAAAGAGCGCAGCUGGGAAAUCUUGAACCGCUGUUUCCAAGCCGGAACGGGGGACAAGGGCAGGACUGGCACCCAAGCGUUGAAGAUUGGAUGCUGGUCAAAUCAAUCUACAACAGCAGCAACUGCUCGUACGAUGACCUGCGCCUCCGGCAGCUCGACGAGGCCCUGAAGUAUGAGAGCAGCUUGCCUAGCUCAAGCUCCGAGCCUAGCUCGAGCUCCGAUUUGGACUCAGGCCCGGCCUCAGACUCGGAAGCAGACAGCCGUCAUGCUUUCUGCUCCAACGAUCUCGCUUCCCGUGUUUCCGUUCAGCCGUCCUCCUAUUACACUUCGCUUUCCGACAACGAGGCCAAUGACUCCGACAACGGGGCUGAUGACCCUGACAACGAGGCUAAUGAAUCCGACAACAAGGCUGAUAACCCUGACAACGAGGCUGAUGACUCCUCGUCAAAGAGCGACAGUGAGUCCUCUCUCUUCGUCUCCAACGCUGAGAACGUCUCCAUCGAUGAGAACGACAACAACAACGACGACGACGGCGACAACAACGAAAACGCCAGUCCACAGCACAUAGCCACUCCCCCGGCCACCAGUGCAAACGCUAAUGAUAACCUUCGCGCCAGACGCGAAUCCACGGUCACCGGCGUCCUCCCCGUCGCUUCGAGAAGACGCAUACGCGAGUCGACCACCGCCAGCGGGGGUCUGUUUGUGUCACCUGGCCCACUGCCGGCCGCUGCAGAAGACGAUCCCAGCGUUGAGGAACUGCUACAGACCGCCCUCGAGGGGUAUUCCUCGGACGAUUCAAGCUCAAGCUGGGGAUUCAACAAGACCGAUCGUCCAGCUGGGGAAGACCCUGAGGAUGAUGAUGAUGCCGACGCUGACGAUGAGAUGGACCUUGACGGGGAGGAUGAUAAUGAUGACAAUGAUGACAAAAUUGGAGAGGGUGAUAAUGAAGAAGCCGGGGAGGAAAUUAUUGCUAAUGAUGGGGCGAUUGGUGGUAAGGGCGGCAUUGACAACAACGGCCUGGGCCACAACAGUCCGGAUAACAUCAGCUCAGACAACAGCACCUUGGGUUUGUCCGGUCUCGGGGGCCUGAACUUAAGCUCUAGCCCCGGGCAUGAUGUAAUUGCAGUACCGGGGCUUGGCGGUAAUGCGAUCACUGCAGCGGAAGACCUAACUGGGGAAGAGGCGGAUGACGAGACGGAGGUGGUGGGUGGUGGUAACGGGAAGCGGAGGAAGCGAAGUGGUGUUGCCGCCGCCUCGAGAGAGUCCUCGCCGGAUGGAAAGCGAGUUCGCCUGGAUUGA